AUGGAAAUUCACAGGCCGCACUGGACGACUCCCAAAUUCCUUACUAUGCCGCACCUGCGACGACAACCAAACCCGCGCGACUACCAGGAUCAAGAUCCUAAUGGCCCUGGUAGUCUGCGCACCCAAUUCCAGACCCCGCCGUCGCGACAUACCCCUUCAAACCCAACCCAUCGCCACCCACCCUCCACAGGGCCGCAGGAAGUGACGCCAGACAUGGCACCAGCAUCUGCACACCCGGCAGCGCAGACAAACCCUUUCUCUAUAUUCAGGCGACCGCGAGGAGACCAGCAGCCUCCAGAGACUGUGGAGGAGGAAGAGGAACUGGACGAUGACUACUCUCCCGAUGGGCAGGAUGACGAGGAAUACGAGGAUGGGAUGGAUGCAAUGGCCCAAUUUGAGCCUGGGGAAGGGAUUGAUCCUUCGGGGGUAAUCGAUGACGACGAGGUUGACGGCAUUAUUGAGGAUGAAUCCGAAGAGGGAGAGGAGGAGGACGGCGACGAGGAAAUGCAAGACAGAGAUCGAUCACCAUCACCACUCCCACCCAAUCUCCGCGAAAUCUCCUCCCUCGCUUCGUGGACUGUGUCCACCUCCAAACCCGGCUGCGGCGUCGCAGCUCUACGACACCAUUCCCCCGCGCAAUACUGGCAAUCCGACGGUCCGCAACCACAUACAUUAACCCUCCACUUCUUUAAACUGGUUGCCGUCGUUCGCAUCCGUGUCUAUCUCGACUUCGACCUAGACGAGAGCUACACACCCACCAAAAUGGUCUUCCUGGCCGGCAUGGGCGGCAACGACCUUGUCGAAUUCGGAACCUGGGAAGGUGACGCCCCUUGUGGCUGGGUCGAUGUACCACUGGAAGGCGUGGGCGGACGCAAUGGAGGUUGGGUACGUGAGGACAUAGUCCGGCGCAAGAAACGAUCUAAAAACGCCCGUCGACGAACAGGCCGGAAUGAAGAAGUUCCCGGUGCAGGCAAUGAGGACGACGUCGAGGGCGAUGACGGCGACAUCGCAGAGGACGCGCAAGACCCCUAUGCGGGUAACGUGCUGAAGGCCAUGGUGAUUCAGAUGCGCGUGAUGGAGAACCAUCAAAACGGAAAAGAUACACAUGUCCGCGGCUUCCAAGUUUUCGCAUGCGAUGACAAUCGUCGUCGGGUUGCGGCUGCGCCGUCUGCUUCGGCCGAUGGCCGGCAUCGACGACACAGUGCGCGGCAGUCUCUGCGCGGAGGUAUUACGGAGUUACUUCAUAGUCGGACGGGAAGUGAGGAUGUUGAUACUGGGAGGUUGGUCUCGACUUCUGGACUUGAGGAGCCGGAUUGGAUGGGCGAGCCGGUGAUUCGGUGA